CAUUUACUAUGGUGUAAAUUGCGAUAUCUAUCUGGAAUAUUAUGGAGUUGUACCAAGCCAGUGAUCAUUAUAUUCUUGUGGACGGAGAACACAGUCUAUGGUGCAAUCGUUUCAAUGGAUCAGUAAAAGCUGGCAAAGGUACAGACUUGUGCUUGGCCUGGAACCCAAUAUGCCUGGGCCUGGUGUAUGGUGUUGUCGGGAAGAUCAAGCCUCAUCCUGACUCAGAGAACUGGUUAAUCUUGAUACGACAGACAAAUUUUGUUGGCAAGUUUUUUGAUAAACAUGAAGUCUUCAAAAUUGAGAAAAUUGCCGUCCUGCCACUGUCCACAAGUGAACCAGCAGACCUCGAUAUUGACUUAUGCAGAAAACACCAUUUUGGCAUCAAAAAGCCAGAGAGAAUCACCCAAGCAGCUCAGGGCCAGAAACGAGCCUUACAGAAAACUCUCAGCUCUAUUAAAUCUGCAGCGGAAAAUGUCAAGCCAAAAAAGAAAGAGGUUAAGGACAAGGAGAAGUUUGAAAAAAAAAUGUUGGAGGAACUGUUGAAAAUGUUCAAUGAUGGAGAAGGGUUCUAUUUUUGUAACACAAUGGACCUGACCACAAACAUACAACAACAACAUCAGUCCUGUUACGACAAAUCCAAACCAUUGUGGGUUCGUGCUGACGAGAGGUUCUUCUGGAAUAGACAUAUGCUGAAGGAGCUGAUUGACUCUGAGGAUGAGUUAGCCCAGCACUGGAUCCAGCCUAUUGUGCAUGGUUACAUCCAGCAGGAAUGGUGUGUGAUGGACUUCAGCGAGAACCAUUCCCCAGCCGACAACUCCCUCACCCCCGAUUUCUCCAAAAACACCGACUGCUUGUGCUUUCUCAUCUCACUUAUAUCACGCAGGAGCCGACAUCGAGCUGGUACGCGAUCAAAAAAGCGGGGAUUAGAUGAAACUGGAGCAUGCGCAAAUUAUGUGGAGACUGAACAGGUGAUCGAGUACUCCCCACAUGUGGUCUCCUUCGUCCAAGUACGUGGCUCCGCCCCAAUGUUCUGGAGCCAAUCAGGCUUCAAGUAUAGACCUCCUCCUGUCCUGGACAAAGGUGCAUAA